CCUGAUUUGGUUCUUUCAUAAGCAUUGAAGCUUGCCGUGGGCAUGAGUUCCCCUUAGCACUUUCUCCUUCAAGUUGUUCCAAAUCUCGCGUGGCAAACAUCGAAAACCAGUGCCGUAUUACCAGUCACCCAGUUUUCCUUCUAAACUCUCAUCCCCCCCUUCUUUCAGUACUUAUGGUCAUCAGUACUGACAGUGAUAUCUAUACCCCGUUUCCCCAAGGUAUGAUCAUAGAAGAUGGUCCUCAGUCUAGUGAAGAUGGCUCCGGCCUUCACUCGCCCAUCUUCGGGGCACAAUUUCCACAGCCGCACGGAGACAUCCGCUAUCAUCAAGAUCAACUCGAUAUUCAACAUGCAGCGGGCAUCCUAGCUUCUCAGUUCGAUUAUUCAAACAUCAACCUACACCCUCACCAUCCCCAUCUUCUCGAAUCACCUUUAAAUCUUCAUCCAAAUUCUAAUAGUCAUCACCAUCAUACUUCCUAUCAGUCCGACUUUCCUCUACCACAAAGGAAUCACCUUGGUCUUGACAUCCCCCCUCAUGCAUACCCUAAUACCCGCCUUCCCCCUCCUCCAGCUCAGGGUAGUGCCGUAAACCUCUCUUACCAAGGUCCCCCCAGCAGAAGAUAUUCUACCGAGGACUUGCGCCAUCAGUCUUACUCAUCGGGUGGUAGUUCAGCACAACAACCCCCUGUGAUACAAUCUCCAGAGAGUACUCAGAGAUCAUCUUUACCAACAUCGGAGCCGCCCCCUCAACAACAUCCUACCCAGCCAGCAGCAUCUACAUCUCAGGAUACGCCCCGCAGGGAAAUUUCCAAUCAAGUAAUAGCUUGUCGGCAAUGUCGUGCGAGGAAAAUUCGGUGCGACUCCACAAGACCAAUUUGUCAUAAUUGUGUUCGUCGCUCGAAUGAGUGUCAAUACGACGCAGCACCUAAACGACGGGGGCCUGACAAAAGGCCAGGCACUCGCCAGCGCUCAUGUAAGAAACGUCCGACUGAUGGCUCAACACCUCCUGCACUCCCUUCAAAGCGCAAACGCACUGUGUCCAGGAAUGACGACCUUGAUCUUUCGCGGGAACCUCGUGGACUUCCCGCUGCUCCAGCUUUGCGACCUGAUGGGGAUAGGAUUCGACUCCAACCCUCACUUUCACCUGCUGGUGGUGACUUCUCUUCGUCUAUGCAAACGCGUGCACCGUCAGACGACAGUUAUCCGCAUCAAGUGGACAAGUACCGCAUCCCAUCAACGCCAUCCGUACAGUAUAACCGUAAGGAAUGGUGGGAUAAUUUAGUUAUGAGUUACUCUGCUACUCGGGAUCAAUCUUUGAAGGAUAUAGCAUCAGAUCUCUCAACACUGUUCACUACUAGCGGGUAUUGGUUAUCAUUCGUGAAUGUUCCGGACUUCGUUCGCAGUCUGUAUAACCCCGAGGACCGUUCGCUUAUGCAACCUUCUCUGGUUUUCGCGGGGUUAGCUUUAGCAACCCUAAUGAAAUCAAGCGAAAUGGAACUAGGAUCAGCAGGUCGCGAGCGCGCUGUCUGGCUUCGAGAUAAGGCGCAGGCUUGGCUGGAAGCGUCAUGGAAUUCCCAGUGGAUUGACAUGACCCUUGCGAAGGCUGCCCUCAUCAUCGCCGUGUACGAGUCUUCCGCUCACCCAUUGUAUACUCCCGAGCGCGCGAGACGCUCUCUGGCCUAUCUCGAUGGAAUUGUCCGCCAAUUAGGCUUGACGUUCUUGGACGGCAAUGAGCCAGAUGUGUCGACGUUCACUCCUAACGCUGUACCUAUCGCCCACAGACGCCGUGCUUUUGAUCCGAUGUCUAAGGAUAGUCGUUCCCCUCAUUCGAUGCCUCGCAAGUGCGACUGUAUCCCCCUUCCACCUAACCCCUCCAUCGCCACCGAUCAAUUCUCAUCCUCGUGGUCUUUCACGCCACCUUGGGAUCCCUCGUGGACCCCUGAAGAGAUGCACAAGGAAACUUGCAGGAGGCUAUGUUGGAGCGCCCUUAACCUCGUGGCCAGGUAUACGUCACAUUGCAUCGCGUUCCAGAAGGAGCCGACCGAUCUUUUCCUGACUGAUCCUUCCAACUUUCGGUUGCUGUUCCCUGGUGAAGUAUCACAACGAGGGUCCAACGAGCACAAGUCGCAAUCUCCGAAAGACUCGAUAUGGGCACUCUAUUGCCGCAGCAUGCUCCUUUGGAAUUUCUGCACCACUCGUCUGCGGAAGAAUGUCUUCAGCAGUGGGGAGACCGCUGAACUUGCGCUUGAAGCUUGGACAGAGACCCUUGAAAUCCAGGAUGCCUUGGAUAUCCACACUUGCAACCUUGAUAUGGCAUUAUUGUAUAUGUGUCGGGAGUACGUGUACAACACGCAAAUCAUGAUCACACAGAUUUUACGAGCUGGUCAUGCAGACGCUGUAAAUUUACCUCAGUUCAACCGCAAGCAGGCUGAGCAAUGGCUGUACUACCAAAGCCUUUUCAUCCGCAGGGUGAAAAUGUCGAUUCACCAUCUUGGCGAACAAGACGGCGACUUGUUCACCAGGCAGCCGUUCCAGGUGACUUGGUUUGCAAGCCAAGUGGCGAUAUGCCUUUCUUUGUGGGAAGAAGACAAGUCACUUCUGGAUGCUUUAGAAGUUGCCAAAGACGUCAUAGUGCCAGUCGACGUGCUGAAUACGUUGUGGCCUUGCCCAAUGUUACUAAGCAAGUGCGACGACCUGCGGAAGCGGGUGACUGAGGCUUGCCACUCCGUCAAUAUCCCUCCGCCGCUGCCACCCAACUGUUCGCUCCCUCCACACCUUCGCGGCGGCCUAUGAACAUCCUCGAACCCGAUAACCGAUACCCACAACCUGUUCCCCCACCAUCCUUCGCAAUCAUUGUCCCUCUGUUAGUUUACGCCAGAUGUUAUGUCAAUAUUCGCUUUCUGCCAGCCUUGGUUAUUACUGUAUACGAUUUCCCUUACUCUUCUUUCUCCAUAAUUUGGUCGAGCUUCCCGAUAAUUUGUCUCAAACUGGUCGUUUUGAAACCUGUUUGUAUUGUACCACUUUGGAUACCCCAUCUACUGUCAAUUUAGCUUGUUGUGCGUCUCUCAUUCAAUGCAAUUUAUAUGACUUUUUACCCUCGGAGG